UCCUUCUAAUUAACACUUUGAUAAUUGGUUUUGUUUAGUAUGAGGCAAGAGAACAUAAUGCAUUACCACCAAGUGGAGCCUGCUGCAUGGAGCUACUACAUGAGGGUUCAUCGGAGCAUGGAAGAGGACCAGAUGGAGAGAGUUGCAAGGCUGGCCUCACAGAGUGCAGUAGUGAUAUUCAGUGUGAGUAGCUGUUGCAUGUGCCAUGCAAUGAAGAGGCUCUUCUGUGGGAUGGGGGUUAACCCUACGGUGCAUGAGCUUGACCAAGACCCCAAAGGGAAAGAUAUGGAAAGAGCACUCAUGAGGCUCCUUGGAAUUGGAAUCAACUCAACUUCUUCUGCUGUUCCUGUGGUCUUCAUUGGAGGGAAACUUGUUGGCCCCAUGGACAGGGUUUUGGCUUUCCACAUCAGUGGCACCCUUGUUCCUCUUCUCAAACAAGCUGGUGCCUUGUGGCUUUGAAACUAAUUAUAGUAAAACAAAGCACUGUCUAUUGUCUUAUUUGUUUUUUUUUUUUUUUAACUUAAGACAUUGCUUUGCUUAUUAUCUCCAGGAUCCAACAGUAUUACUAUUAUAUCCAUACUUGAGAUUUUAUAUAUGAGUAUCAUUAGCUAACUAGUUUUCCUCCAAAGAUACAAGAAAAAGUAGGAAAAGCAAUUUUCUUUUGCUUUUUUUGUUUGUAGUUUGUGCGAGUUGUGUAGCUUGUAUAAAGAAGCACAUGUUUUAUGGAAAUGAA